AACGGAGCUUUUUAAAUUGUUUCUUCUUGAAGAGUCUCCAUGGAAACCAGUCCCAAGAGGAAGGCCAAGUGCUCUGUUCUUCAACGUGAUUGCAACGUCGAGGAGAAUCAAGAAAUGGGUUUUGAUUCUGGCGUCGGUGUUGGUGCCGUUGCUGUGGGGAAUCUAGAAAUGGUUGAUUCUUUGUGUGUAAAGGGUUCUGUUCCUGGUUCGAUUUUUGGGUCUUUUACGGGGAAGGUUGAGAAUUUUGGUGAGCCAUUGCUCGGCGCUGACACUAAGCAGGUGGGUUUUGGGGUUUCUUCUCCAAAAGACGGGCAAGAAACCAUGCAAACCAGUCCCAAGAAGAAGUUCAAGAGCUCUGUUCUUCAUCCUGAUUGUAACGUUGCUCAGAAUCAAGAAGUGGGUUUUGAAAGUGCCGCUUUUUCUGAUGUAAUUUCUAGGUCUUCUGUGGGAAAGGUUGAGAAUUUCAGCGAGGCAUUCCACGAGGCUGAUACAAAGCGGAUGGGCUUGGGGGUUUCUUCUCCAAGAGAGAUGGAAGAAAUCGUGGAUAUCAGUUCCAAGAUGAAGUUCAAGUGCUCUGUUCGUCAACCUGGUCGCAGCGUUGAAGAGAAUCAAGCAAUAAGUUUUGAUUCUGAUGCCGGUGUUGGCUUGAUUUCUGAGGGGAAUCAAGAAAUGGUUGGUUCUUUGUAUGAAAAGACCCCCCUUCCUGAUUCGUUUUCUGGGUCUUCUGCGGGAGUGGUUGUGAGUUUCGGUGAGCCAUUGGUGGGCGCUGAUGCUAAACGGAUGGAUUUUGUCACUGUUGCUCAGAAAGAAGAUUUGCUUUCAGGUUCUGCUGAGAAACGUAAACUGGUUGUCUCUGAAUUUCAAGAAUCUGCUAACGAAGGCAAUUUGGGGUUGUCAGGGAAGUGCAUUUGCGACAAUUUGAGUACUUCUUUAGAUUUUGGUGAUGCUAAGGGUACUGUUAAUGAAAAAGAUGUGGAAGACGAUAAUUUCUUGGAAGUUGAAAAGAAGCGAAUAUUGGCUGAGCUUGAAGCUGGAACUAUCUUUGGGGGCAAAACCGAUAUCAAGAAAGUUACUGGUUUUGCAAACUCCUCCAAGAUUGAUGAGAAGGGAAGUGAUUUUCAAGAAAUGAACCGAGAGGGGAAGAUAGAUGGUGAGAAGAUACUUGCUACCAAAGGAAAUGAUGCCUCUCUUAAUCGUUCUCUGAAGAUUGAAGUAAUAGAUGAUACAGCUUUGAUUGAAACCAUGCCAGUACUCAAGACUGGAAAUGAGUGUGUAAAGGUUGUGGGAAUAGCUGGUUCUGCAAAAAAUACAGAGAAGAAUGGUAAACAAGAAGCUCAUGGCAAAAAGGCAAAACAAGCACGAGGAAAGCCAAAGUAUGUGAAAAAUGUUUUAGGGGCAUCAGAGGGGCAUAUGAAUCCUUCACGCUUCUUGCAAGUUGACAAUGGUGUGUGGAAGAAUGGAAAUCCUACUAAGAAGAUGUACUCCAGGGAGGAGAUGGAGGCUUUGAGGUUUGUUGAUAUUGUAGAGCAGAGAAAGUUGUGGAGUAAUAUCCAUACUGGACUUGGGGCAGCUGUGAUGAGAGAGUAUCACGACUUGACCAGCUCAAAGCAUCAAAAGAGUAUCCAUUUGAAUUUUGGUCUUAGUCAACGCUUUGAAAGAAUGAAAGAGCCCCCUGCAAUGAUCAGGGGAGAAUAUUUUGGAAACAUGGAUGGUGCAAUGGAAAAUAUGGAGGUUUGCGAAACUGAAAGUAUAGAUCCUUCUGAUGAUGCUUGUACUCUUGAUUAUGGUGAUGAAGACUCCUUAGUAGCUGUAGAAGGAGAAUGUAGUGAAGAUGAUGAUAGUGAUGAAGAUUAUAACAGCAUUCUUAAACCUGCUUUCUUGGUAGAAGGUGAACCCGAUUUUGAUUCUGGUCCACCACAUGAUGGAUUAGAAUACCUUAGGCGUGUAAGGUGGGAAGCUGCUCAGAUACCAAAUGUGAAGGUUGCAAAGCUUGAAAAGAAUAAAAUUAAGGAAGAACAAAGCAUUUAUAUGCCCCAGAUCCCUGAAAUUGCUAGUUGUCCUGAGCAUUUGCUGCCAUUAAAACAGUGGGAGGUUGCAUUUGUUGCUGAUUUUUCAGAGCUAUGUCGGGCUCUUUCAUGUUAUCUGGACCCAACUACCAAAACUUCUGGUAAACUGCAACAAGUGUUUUUGGAGAAUGUUAUUGUUGAAAAAUUCAACAACCUUAAAACAGAAGAAGUCAGAAUGUCAGUUGGUGAUGGUUCUGUUGACUACCCAACCUUGUCUGGUAUUCAGAAGAUGGACUCUGUAGCUCGAGUAUCAAUGCUGAGGAAACGCAUAAGCUUGUUUGAGAGUAUGACAACUCUGUCAAGGAGUGAUUGUCUGUGGCUGUUUGCUUUAUGUGCAGCAAUUGAUACUCCGUUGGAUGCUGACACUUGUGCUUCUCUACGUGGCCUGCUCCGGAAGUGUGCUAGCUUGCGAGCUGGAAAGUCAGAAGUAGAUGAUGAAGUUGUCAUGCUAAAUAUUCUCGCCACAAUUUCAGGCAGGUUUUUUGGACAGUCAGAAAGAUGAAGCUGUGAAGCUUACUCUACAAUGAAAAUUUUCUAUUUUGGGUUGCUCAGUGGAGACCGGGGAGGAUUGGUGAUGUAGGACGAUCAAAGGUAAGCAGAGAAGAUAGAACCAGAAGCAAGGGUGGGAAGAGAAUAGCAGAAUUGGGGAUUUCUGGAAGACUUUUGCAUCAAUUGGUGCCUGUUAUGGUUGUUCAAUUUGAUGUAACUCUGUUUUUCAUUAUGGCGUAAUUUUUCUCUC